AUGGACCCAACCCACAACCACCAUAGCCCCCGCAAGCGACGACGAAUAUCAUCGCCAACGCCAUCACAGUCACCAAAGGAGGAGGGGGAAGCUGAAGCCUCAGCAUGCGUGGUAUGCCAAGAGGCAAUCUCCGAGAAGGCGGUUGCAAGCCCGUGUGGGCAUGAGUACGACUAUGUCUGCAUACUCACGUGGAUGGAGGUUAAGCCCUUGUGCCCGCUGUGCAAGGUUGUGAUCGAGUCGUUAGAGGUUGGGGGUGUUAAGGCGAGUUUCCAUGAUCUGUGGCCUGCGGGGAGGAGGAGAAUACGAACUAAUCCAAACCCAGCAUAACGCCCCGGCGGAACCAACGCCUUCGAAACCCAUCCUCUACUCCUCCGCUUCAACCCACAGGCGCCCUUACCGUCCCCGCCGUCCCCGCUCACCGCCUCCCCCCUCCUCAACAAUCCUCACGAGACGCCACAUCUACAAGCACGCUCUGCGCUCUAGCCAUGUGGGCGCCAACCGGCUAAGCAACCACAGAAACUUCACACCGGCAACCUUCCUUGCCUCCGAGCACCUGCAAUCGCGCGCGCGCGCCUUUAUCCGCCGCGAACUCACCACCUUCGCCUUCCUGGCGGACAAUGCCGAGUUUGUGCUCGAGUACGUCAUCGCCAUACUCAAGAGCGUGGACCUCAAGAGCGCGAGCGGCGCCGCCGAGGACAUGCUCGCUGAAUUCUUGGGCAGGAGGAAUGCUGGUGUUUUCGUGCAUGAGGUUAAUGCCUUCCUCAGGAGUCCGUAUGAGCGAGCUGAGGAGUUUGAUCGGUGGGCGCAGUACCCGAGCGUCGAGAAGGGGGUGGGGGGAUUUGCCGAGUGGGAGAGGGAGGGGGGUGGCGAGAAUGCUGAGAGGGUGAGGGUGAGGGGGGGUAGACGGGAUAGGUGGUCGAGGGGUAUGAAUGCUGGAAGGGCCGAUAGGUACAGACUGGCGGCAUAA